AACGUCAUCAGAGCGCGACGCCCCACUGCGCUGCUUGUUUUCUGGAUUUAUAGGAAAUUUCCACUCGAUCAACAUGAUCAAAACACUCAGUCAGAUGUAUUUAAUCUGUUAUAUCUCUCUUUAAACAGGAUCCGAAUGGUCAGGGGGAAUAAACAGAGUUAUAGUUGUACAGUGGCGUGGUGAGUGUGAGAGUUUAACUGUCAUCGGAUAUUGUCGAUAAGUCAUCUGUGAUGGAGUAUCACAGUGUCGGACCCGGAGGGGUGAUGGUCACCGGUAAUAAUAAUGUACCUGCGUUUCUCACCAAACUCUGGAUGAUGGUGGAAGAUCCGGACACGGACCCGUUAAUCUGUUGGAGUCAUAAUGGCAACAGCUUCCAUGUGUUCGACCAGGGCAGAUUUUCCAAAGAGGUUCUUCCGAAAUACUUCAAGCACAAUAACAUGGCCAGUUUCGUUCGACAGCUAAAUACGUAUGGUUUCCGUAAAGUUGUCUACAUCGAGCAGGGUGGACAGGUGAAACGGGAGAAAGACAACACGGAAUUCCAGCAUCUGUAUUUCGUCCGUGGACAGGAGAACCUGCUGGAGAAUAUUAAAAGGAAGGUCACAACAGGUGGAAAUGAGUCCUACAGCACAACGGUUGUCGAGAUGCCAACAGAAGAAAUACCAUCUCCAUGCUCACCUGUUUUCUCUUCCUCUGAGCCAAGUACAUCAGGCAGUGAGGGGAAGCAACCAACAACACCUCUGCAUUCUCCUCUACUCACUAGUGCAAGAGUGCCACAGAAGAGAAAGAGGAGAGGACAAGAUAAACGUCUUUCCGAGCAGCUUAUACUCCUGGAGGCCCGUUGCUUGAAGAGCCAGCAGAAACUUCUAAAAGACGGUGAUGAAUACACUAGAUUUGGUGAAACUGUUGCAGACUUGUUGCGGAGGCUGCCAGAGCAACAUCGAUCACAGGCCAUGUUCGAUGUCCACAAGCUGUUGUUUGAGAGGCAGCAGCAGCACAAGUGAACAUGAUUGUCUUUUGUUAUUUAGUUUUUUCAUGUUGUUUCCUUUUGUAUGAUAGUUCUCUCCUUUUAACUUUUAAAUUCUUAUUUGCAAUUUCUUAUGUAAAGCAUAAUAUUAUUAUUCAACUUUACUUUAUUCAAUUAUUUCUCUUAGUUCACCUUGUGACUUGCCCGCAAAUAAAUGAAACAAA